AUUAAGAAAAUAGGUCGAGGCGUGUGGGGUUGACACGCUCUUGCAAAAAAAAAAAGAGAGGAAAUUUUCAACUUCGCUUUCCUAAUCCAACAAGGCCGAGUUUCGUCGCGUCUUUAUAAACUCUUUUAUAUAAAAAAAAAAAAAAACAAAGCUUAAGUUUUGUCAUAAUCUCUCCUAAUUCUUGAGAUAAUGAAUUCGAUGUUCAGUGCUUUCGACGCCAUGUGCGCUGAGAUGAUGGGCAAGAAAGUCACCGCUGCGUCUUACAUCUGCAACCGCUCUGAAAUCAGCGGUGCUUCUUCCGGCGGUGGCGGCGGCGGCGGUCAAACCGUGUCUUCGCUGAAGAAAGACAAAAAAGCUACAAAGUUGGCGGCGGUGAAGCAACCGAGGUUUGCUCUUGAGCUCGACGGGCUUCAAUUCUUCGAAACCAUUGUUCGUUCUUGAUUCCAACCCAAAGAUUACAUAUCUUUUUCUGAGUCUUUCUUUGUUUUCUUCUUUUUUUUUUUUUGUUUUUUUUGUGUUUCCGAAUGUAAAUACAAUUUUUUUUGGAAAAAUAUAACCAAACACUUUUGCAGUUUUAUGAUUGCUUCUGUUUCGUUUUCUGAUUCUUGAAUAAUGUACAUAAUAAUAAUAUAA